UUGGUGUUUCAAAACUUAGGCCUACAUGUAUUCCAAACUUACAAUUUUUGCAAGAUACUUCAGGUACUAAAGGUGUUUUCCUAAACGUCGGGAUGAGUUCAUCGCACGGAGAACUAACAAUGAAGAGAUGGGCAGGUCGGGUAGCUCUUGUGACAGGGGCAAGUUCUGGAAUCGGCAAAGCAGUGGCACAUGACUUGGUCAAACAAGGAAUGAAAGUGAUCGGAUGUGCACGAAACGCAAAAGCUAUAGAGGACGACUCGAUUCUUCUUAAGGAAGCAUCCGCCACUGGGCUUCUUCAUCCUAUCAAAUGCGACUUAUCUCAAGAAAAGGACAUCUUAGCAAUGUUUGAUGUUAUUUGGAAGAAGUUUGGAGGAGUAGAUGUGUGCAUCAAUAACGCUGGUCUCUCACAUGCAGCUAGUCUUCUGGAUGGAGAUACACAGAAAUGGAAACACAUGACUGAUGUUAACAUAAUAGCAGUGGCAAUCUGCACACGAGAGUCAAUCCGGCAGAUGGCACAGAAGGGUGCAGAUGACGGACAAAUUAUCAAUAUCAACAGCAUUUCUGGUUACAAGGUAACUGCAAGUCGAGAUAGCCAUUUCCACACUGCAACUAAGUUUGCCAUGAGUGCUAUGACUGAAGGGGUGCGGCAAGAACUCAGAGAAAUAGGAUCAAUGAUCCGAAUCGCGAGUAUAUCACCUGGCAUUGUAGAGACUGAGUUUGCAUCCAGAAUGUACCCAGAUAAUCCUGCCAAACCUGAGGCAUUGUACAAGUCAAUACAGUGUAUACAACCAGAAAACAUCUCCAGCACUAUACGAUACAUCUUAGAGUUACCACAGCAUGUACAGGUUCAUGAUAUUCAAAUACGGCCCACCGAACAGAAAAACUGAAUCUACAAUGAUCUCACAACAUCAAUAAGGAAAAUCAUGGACUAUUGGAGCCGAUCAUUUUGGUGAUAAUUAAAAAGUCUGUCUUCACCCCACAUUUGAAACAAUGGCUUGUCAUCAGUGGCCUGUCAUCAGUGGCUUGUCAUCAGCAGGGAUGAGAUGGAUUGCCGGGGUGGGGGAUGUCAUAAUGGUUCUUUAGAAACUAGGUUUAGAGUCCGUCUGCACCCUACAUGGGAAACAUACUUUAUGAUAAUACUUUAUGACAAAGGUUUGUCAUUAGCAGGGAUGAGAUGGAUUGCUGGGAAGGGGAAUGUCAUAUGCUACCUUGGCAACCAGGUUUAGAGUCUGUCUGCACCCCACAUGGGAAACAUACUUUAUGACAAUACUUUAUUACAAAGGCUUGUCAUUAGCAGGGAUGAGAUGGAUUGCUGGGAGGGGGAAUGUCAUAUGCUACCUUGGCAACCAGGUUUAGAGUCUGUCUGGCAUGCACCCCACGUUGGAAACAUACUUUAUGACAAUACUUUAUGACAAAGGCUUUUUUGUCAUUAGCAGGGAUGAGAUGGAUUGCUGGGAGGGGGAAUGUCAUAUGCUACCUUGGCAACCAGGUUUAGAGUCUGUCUGGCAUGCACCCCACGUUGGAAACAUACUUUAUGACAAUACUUUAUGACAAAGGCUUGUCAUCAGCAGGGAUGAGAUGGAUUGCUGAGAGGGGGAAUGUCAUAUGCUACUCUGGCAACCAGAUUUAGAGUCGGUCUGCACCCCACAUGGGAAACAUACUUUAUAACAAUACUGUACUACAAAGGCUUGUCAUUAGCAGGGAUGAGACUGGUUGCUGGGAGGGGGAAUGUCUUAUGCUACUUUUGCAACCAGGUUUAGAGCUAAGAUGACUUUAGAAGUACAUGCCAGUCGCCAAAUAACCCAGGGCUCGAGUUCAAAAUACAAUCAUUAAUUAUGUGUCGGUCAGUUGUUAAUAUCACCAAAGUGAUUUGUACUGUGACAUGGCCCUUCGGCUAACAUAAGAUUAAAGAGCCAAUAAAGGAUGAUCUCAAUAUGUCAACUACAUGUAUUACCUUUUUAUGGCCAAAUAGACGUCG